UUCGAACCCAGAAUAUCUCCAACGUUCCGCCUCCUCCCUCAAUCAAAAGAGGAAACAAUUCAAGAAACAUAGAAUAACAGUCGUCAACCUUCAACAAAGUUUCGAGAAUCCCCUAAAUCGACAUUCUUGGAUUUUCACCAUGGAGACGAAGACGACAACACAGGGGGCGCCCCAAAUCGUAGACGUGGGUUCCGUCGUGGAGGCUGUUUCGGCCGAAGAUUCCGACGCUCCCCUCUAUGAAGUCGAGAGCCUCUGCAUGCGUUGCGGCGAGAAUGGGAUAACUCGGUUUUUGUUAACUCUAAUUCCACAUUUCAGAAAGAUAUUAUUAUCAGCCUUUGAAUGCCCUCAUUGUGAUGAGAGGAAUAAUGAAGUCCAAUUUGCUGGUGAAAUUCAACCUAAAGGCUGUCACUACAUCCUGGAAGUUCCAUCAGGUGACCAAAAGAUGUUCAAUCGUCAGGUGGUGAAAUCAGAAACUGCCACAAUCAAGAUCCCUGAACUGGACUUUGAGAUUCCUCCUGAGGCUCAGCGUGGGUCUUUGUCAACGGUUGAAGGGAUACUGGUGAGAGCUGCCGAUGAGUUAGAAGCCCUUCAAGAGGAGCGGAAGAAAGUAGAUCCCCAGACAGCUGAAGCAAUAGAUGAAUUCUUGAUAAAACUGAGAACUUGUGCCACAGGGAAGUCACAGUUUACCUUCAUUCUUGAUGAUCCUGCUGGAAACAGUUUUAUUGAGAACCCGUAUGCCCCCUCUCCUGAUUCGUCAUUGACUAUUAAGUUCUAUGAGCGGACACCUGAACAACAUGCUGCUUUAGGAUAUCUUGUGGACACUUCACAAGAAGAACCUGGUGCUGAAAAUAUUCCUCGAAGAGAAGAGGAACCACAUGGCUUGGUUGGAGCCAGAGCUGGCCGUCGAGCUAUUGUGCAGGGUAAUAGUACAGAAAUUGCCGAUGCUUUAUUUCGAUAUUCUGCCCCUGAAGAGGUCAUGACUUUUCCAUCAACUUGUGGAGCCUGUGCUACCAAAUGCGAAUGCCGCAUGUUUGUUACAAAUAUUCCUUACUUUCAAGAAGUGAUUGUUAUGGCUUCCUCGUGUGAUGCCUGUGGUUAUCGCAACUCUGAGGUGAAACCUGGUGGACGUAUUCCUGAUAAAGGAAAGAGGAUAAUAGUUCAUGUGAAGAACGUAAAAGAUCUUAGCCGGGAUGUGAUAAAGUCGGACACGGCCUCUGUGAAAAUUCCAGAGCUUGAGUUGGAACUGGCUAGUGGCACAUUAGGCGGACUUGUUACGACUGUUGAAGGCUUGAUUUCCAAGAUUGGUGAAAGUCUUGAGAGAGUACAUGGCUUUACCUUUGGUGAUAGUCUUGAUGAUAACAAAAGGAGCAAAUGGAAAGAAUUCAGAGCAAAACUUGACAAGCUCAAAUGCGUGGAAGAACCUUGGAGUUUGAUUAUUGAUGACGCUUUGGCCAACUCUUUUGUUGCGCCUGCCACUGAUGAAAUUAAGGACGACACUCAAUUAACAUUCGAGGAAUAUGAGAGGUCUUGGGAGCAGAACGAGGAAUUGGGUCUUAACGACAUGGAUACAUCUUCAGCUGAUGUUGCCUACACUUGUGCUAAUGAGAAGAAUGAUUGAUGAGUGAUUAUUCCGUGCUUAUGGCUUUACUUCAUUUAAAUUAAAUCUGUAACAUUACGAUAAAUUUUGCUGAAGUACAAUGUGUCUGUAAUACUGAACAUGUAUACACACAUCUGAGAAAAGAGAUUGGUUGGUAAA